AUGGAAAAGAAACAAGAAGACAUCCAAAAUAGAAGGGCCCAUCUCACAUAUCUUGAUAUUGAUGAGUUUAGAAACAACACACAACAAGAUAUUGGUUUAAAUGGUGCACCAAGUGGGUUAGUCAACAUAACCCACAGGCUCGAGCCAGAUGGAACCGAUUACAACUAUGCAUCAACAUCCAAGGGUGCAAAAGUUUUAGCACACAAUAAAGAAGCAAAUGGAGCAAGCAACAUCUUGGGUUUAGAUCAUGACAAAAAUCUAAGAAACCCUUGUUCUGCUGUGGAGAAAUAUGUAAUCAUUGAGCUUUCAGAAGAAACUCUUGUUGAUGCUGUAAAGAUUUCAAAUUUUGAACACCAUUCAUCUAAUUUCAAACAGUUUUCAUUAUCAGGAAGCUUGGUUUUCCCAACUGAAAUAUGGUAUCAUCUUGGAGAUUUUGUUGCUGAAAACGUUAAACAUGACCAAUAUUUUAAGUUGCCUGAAUCCAAGUUGGCUAGAUACUUAAAUUUGACUUUAAUCAGUCAUUAUGGGUUAGAAUUUUAUUGUACACUAAAUGUAAUUGAAGUAUACGGGGUAGAUGAAAUCGAAAGGAUGCUUGAAGAUCUUAUUGUGACUUCAGAAGAAUCAACAAAUCUUAAUUCAACUGCAUCCCCUGCAUCAGUACAAUCUACAAGUCCCAAAAACUGA